GGCCGUGAGAAAGCAGUCGCGCUUCCGUUAGCAUUGAGAGCUAGCGGACAGGACUGGUUGCUGAGGAGGCUGUGUGGAGGAAGGAGACUUGCGCAGACAGAUAUUGGUGACUUCAGAUAUCCCCAGUUAAUCCUUGAGCUAACCAUUAUCCCUCCAUGCUGACCAAGAAAGGAAGAUAACGCUAAUAGCCUGGCACUGCCUCCACCUAAAUUAGCCACCGUCAAGACAGUUAAAGGGGGGGACCGCCGUUUGCUUUGAGGGGCUUCUUUUCUCUUCUUCUUUUCGGCAGCUUUUUUUUUUAAGACAUUUAAAAGUACCAACCGCAGCCUCAGCUAACGGUGUUUCUAAGAAUGAGGUUGCCGAGUAGCAGACAUAGUGCGACUGAAGGAGAGGGAAAGAAAAUGGACCAACCUCCUCCGUGCAGAAACCCUUUUGUGCACGUCUUGAAAUUCACUCCACUGGAAAAGGCGAAGAUCGCAUUAAUGACGGUGACGCUAUUCCCCAUCCGUCUACUCAUAGCAGCUUUCAUGAUGCUACUGGCUUGGCCUUUUGCCUUCCUUGCCUCAGUGGGGCGCUCCGAGACAAUUGUCGAACCCCAGUGCCUCUGGAGAAGACUGGUGGACAUCAUCCUGAGAGUGAUAAUGCGGAUCAUGUGGUUUGCGGGAGGCUUUCACUGGAUAACUGUAAAAGGGCAAAGAGCUUUGCCUGCAGAAGCACCCAUCCUCACCCUGGCACCCCACUCCUCCUACUUUGACGCCAUCCCCGUUACAAUGACAAUGUCCUCGAUAGUCAUGAAGGCUGAGAGCAAGGACAUACCCGUCUGGGGAACUUUGAUUAAAUACAUUCGGCCAGUCUUCGUUUCGCGAUCAGACCAGAACUCAAGAAAAAAGACGGUGGAGGAGAUCAAGCGGAGAGCUCAUUACGGGGGAGAUUGGCCUCAAAUCAUGAUUUUUCCAGAGGGGACAUGCACCAAUAGAUCCUGCCUCAUCACCUUUAAGCCAGGAGCCUUUAUCCCAGCUGUUCCAGUGCAGCCUGUUGUGAUUCGCUACCCCAAUAAAUUGGACACAAUCACAUGGACGUGGCAAGGACCUGGAGCAUUUAAAAUCUUGUGGCUAACCCUCUGCCAGUUACACAAUGAAUUUGUGAUAGAGUUCCUUCCCAUUUACACCCCUUCAGAGGAGGAGAAGAGGAAUCCUGCUCUCUUUGCUGUCAAUGUGAGACGGGUCAUGGCCAAAGCCCUGGGGGUACCCAUCACAGAUUAUUCAUUUGAAGACUGCCAGCUGGCAAUGGCAGAGGGCCAGCUGAGGCUGCCGGUCGACACCUGUCUGCUGGAGUUUGCCAAGCUCGUCAGGAGGCUGGGGCUGAAACCCCAGAACACUGAAAAGGUUCUGCAGGACUAUGGGAACAGAGCCAGGAAGCUGGAAGGGCAGAAGCUGGACUUGGAAGACUUUGCUCACUUCCUCGAUGUGCCAGUUUCCGAUAUGCUGCGCGACAUGUUUUCUCUUUUCAACGAGCAUGAAGAUGGAAGCAUGGACAUUAGAGAAUAUGUUAUAGCCUUAUCCGUCGUGUGCAGGCCCGCCAAAACUCUGGAAACCAUGAAAUUGGCCUUCAAGAUGUUUGAGGCAGAGGAAGACAGUGCCAUCACAGAGAUGGAGCUGGCAGUUAUCCUGAAGACCGCUUUAGGCAUGGCUCACCUGGACGUGUCCCGUCUCUUUACAGCCAUUGAUGUAGACGACACGGGGAAGAUUACGUUUGAUAAGUUCAGAGGUUUUGUGGAGGAGAACCCAGACUUUGCUGAUGACUAUCUUCACACUGAAAGUGUAGGUCCUCAGAGUGGACCUUGCCACGAUCACCACAACCAGAGCAGCCCAUCUACUAUCACCCUGCAAGGCACUGCCAACACCAAAACAGCCAACGGUAUCUGCCCCGACUUCAGCCCUAAAGACCAUGGCGGCACAGUAGAUGGGCUCACGAAGAAACACAACUGAAAGAGGUUUAAAAAAAAUCAGAGGGAGCAAGCAAACACCUCUCCUGGUGAGAGGAUUCUGUAGGGGGCAAUGUUGGUUAUCUAUUAGUAACUUGAUGGUAAAGGACUGCAUUUCAUUAACCACAACCAUAAAAUGAAGUUUACCCUUUCUUGUUAGUAUUGUAUCCAUGAAAUAUCUGUGAUUUCAGACAGUAAACAGCAGUUUGGUACAAAACUUUUUUUUUUUUUUUUUUGCCAUAGGAAGAAUUGUCAUAACGCCAGAUAUUGGCUUUUUUGGGAUACAAUGCUGAAAUACUUGAAGGGCAAGCACUUAUUAGGAUUCCUGGGGUCAAUUUUAAUUUAUUUUUAUUUUCUCCCCCGGCAUUGCAUGAUUUUAACGGAAAUUUACCAAGACGCAAACAAUCUCUGGAUUGUAAAGAGAACACAACUGUUGUGUGAAAUCUAUUUUUUUCUUUUUCUUGGAACGUUUUAUCCAUUUCCUCUCUUUAAUGGUAGCUGCCUUUUGAACUUUUAAAUGAAAAUGCAGAAUUAAGGGGCUCAUGUUAUAUUGAGCAAUUAUUUUUGUGAAGAAGGAAGGCCCCGGGGAACCAGUGAAGAAUGGCUGGAAGCACGUAGCUUCAGUAGGCACAUUUGAGGUUGUCUCGGGUCUCUGCACGUCUAUGAUUAGAAUCGCUACGACUGUGUGUGUGCGUGCGCGUAUGAAUGAGUGUGUGUGUGUGUGUGUGUGAACACAGUGAUAUAAUUUAGCUCAGGGUUCAGUGACAAAAAUGGAAAACUUAACAAUGAUGUCAUGGUUUUUGACUAUUUGUAGGUUACAUGCAUGUAAACUGUCCUUUGCGCGAGUGGUCUCCUGUCCUGUCGCCUCGUAGUUUCAUACAGUCGCAUCUUUUUGUUCUCUCGUGUUUUUUUUUUUUUUGUUUGUUUUUUCUGUUUUGUUGCAUUUGAUGUGACACAACUUGGACCAAAAUUCAUCGGGUGAUUUAAUUAAACACCUUUUUAUGUCUUUGUUUGCCUUUCAUGUAGACGAGGGCCAGUGUGAGAUUCUCAAAAUGAAACAAGAAUAUCACACUUUCACCACAUCACAAUAUUAACGAGACCUAAAACAAAAAUGUAUGACUCAAUUUAAUGGCGUUUAUUCAAAAGCAUGUGGCAGAGGGGCAGCUGGAGGAAACUGCUGCAUUCUCUGGCAUCUCAUUAAUACGAACCUGAACCUUGGAAGUGGUACGGACAAAGGACGUUUUUAUGUUUUCUGAUUGCGAAACCAUAACAAUUUAAACUGCGGUGUACUAGUAACCUCCUCGUAUGGCAGUGCUAUAACCGGUUAAAAGGGAUCACAUUACAACGUGCAACCAUCACAUUCUCAAAAACCUUGGAGCCACGCGAUGCUGUCGCAUAUGAUUGCUCAGUUUUUACCCUGUUAAAAAUGAAUAUCCACCUGAUACAUGUUGAGACCAUGUUUCUGAGUGGGGUUUAGUUUGAGUCCAUACUCUUACAUGUAUGCUAUACAUGGAUUGAAUAUAUUUAGAACUAACUAGGGUUAAAGGGAGCUGCUUCUAAAAGAUAAAUUAAAACUCAAACAAAGGAAGAUUUCAGACUCUUUUUCAUCAAGUGAAGGAAAUUGUUUAAAUGAUCACCUAGUUUUGGUCGUCCUCCUUUUGGUUUUGACUUGAAAUCUAGAUAUUGAUUUCCUGAAUGUUUGGUAUCUUAGUAACAUUUGCAAAUAUCUAAAAUGAAGUUUUUUGCUGGUCUAUAAUAAAAAAUGGGGGGGGGGGGUUAGGGUUAUGAGAAAUGCAAACAGCUGCCACCUAAAUUUGAACAACCUUUGUUGUUUACCUCUUUCAGUUUAUACCAAUGAUGCUAAUUGUUUUUUAACAAAUGAACUUUUCUUUCUUCUUCUGCAGAAACGAACAAAAUAACAAACCGUUUUUGCUUCUGUCAGACGUUGCUGUGCUUUACUUUCUGCAAUUUUAUCCACUAAAAUAUAAUAGUUAGAAGGAAGACCUCCCCUGAGAGGAUUAGGUGACUUGCUUUGCAGUCCGUAUCCAACUUCAUUUCCGAAGUUCCCAUCUUGUUUGUGCCCUUGGAUCCUUUAUAUAUCCUCCUUUUUGACUUUGAGUGAAGCAAUAUUCCUCAUAUUUUUAAGCCUUCUCCAGAUGAAUGCUUUUUGAACGUUCUAAUAUGUAUUUUGAAUAUUCCAGAUGCGGGACAUUUAGUGAAUUUUUGAUAUACGUAUAUGAAUGGUUAAUAUUCUUUUCACUGCCAUGGCAAAGAUCUAUGAUCUUCUCUGUUUUGCAGUUUGUAUUGAUCAUGACAAAUGAGCCACAUUUUUUGUUUUCCUUUUCUAUAAUCUUAGUUAUUUUGUGCUUUAUUGCUCCUACACAGUGUAAAGUUUUAUUGCUAUACUAUUACUGUUGGCGUUGAGUCGACUGCUUAAGAACAAAAAUGCAGAUUUCAUAUGGAAACCUAUAGCCUUGAUAGCCUCUACAGAAUUUUUAUGCUAAAAAGAGAAUGUACAGACAAUCUUGUCACAAUCAGAAGCUCUCAAAAAGCGCUGAUCUCCAGUGGACAUUUUCCUAAGACGUCAUGGUUUUCCAAAAUUAGCAGAAGACUUUUUUUUUUUUCCUCCUCUUAUGUUUGAGAUGUGCAGGUUGAACUAAGUGCGAGUGCAUUGAGUGCUUGAGCCCUGAGGUGACGUGCCACCACAUGACGGGCCGGGAUCACUCAAACACCCCAGACUGCACACAAACUAUCUUUUCCUGUUUUAUGACUAUCUUAAAGUAUUGUCCUCCUGUUACUUUUUCCUUCAUGUUUUUGUGUAUUUGAAAGUUUGCACUUUAGAGUGUUUUUAUUUUUGUAAAGACAAGGUCAGAAAGCUCUGAAACAUGGUAAGUUUAUAGGCUACAGUAUUUAAAUUCACUUUUAUUACUUUCUUCUGUAAAGGGAGCACAAAGAAAAUGGAGGAUCAGAAAAGAAAGUGGUCUCUUUUCUUUAUUUCCUCCUUUUUUUUUAAUUCAGUUUAAGUCCUUAAUGAAAUUCAUCCUAUUUUCUUUUUCUCAGGAUUGUGAAACUUAGUAGCCUAAAAUAAAUGUGUGAACUCAUUAGACUUGGGAGCCAGAAAAAAGAUGUGAUCAUGUUUACACCCUGAAGCAGAGAAGUAUUAAAUGUUGUCCUGCAGUAAUCUCAUUUAGAAAGACUAUUAAUACAGUUGGCUGUACUUUAGGGAAAUACCAACGUAUUUGUGCACAAGCAGGACAUCUAUGGAAAUGCAUUAAACAAGAAUUGAUUCUGAAAGACUUUUACCAGAAAGAAAUGAUGCAUUUUUUUAAGUGUGUUUUAAACAGGAUAUCUGAUUAUACAUCCUCAGCAAUUCAAAUGUACACUUUUUGGUUUCUAAAAAUAGUGUUGAGGUUGAAUGAAUACAAAUUGAUUUUCAAUUCAGUUCCCCUUGAUAUGAAUACCUCCGUAGAUGCGUAUAUCUUCUUUUUUUUUUUUUUUUAACCAAAUGUGAUAUCUUCAUGUGAGGAAAACCUAAACCUGCAAGAGACAAACUUAUUUAUGCUAUUGCUGCCCGUUUGUCACAGUUUGUUCUGCAGUGAGCCUAAGACGAAAGACCGGUGUACUCUUACAGAGUGAUAUUGUCUUUCCGAUGGCUUAUUGUAAGUCAAUCACAAGUUCUUGUUUGUUUGUUUCUCUAGUUUUAUUUCCUGUCUUUUUCUAUAUUAAACAAGUUUUAUUUUAUUACUGCAUUUUGAUGCUGAAGAGUAAUUACAAAAAAGCUAUUUUGAAUCUGUUCAUGAUGGCUAUUAUGUAACUUGUCAAUGUGACUCUUGGAUGAAAUUAAAGAAAAAGUGUUAAUAUGCAA